CACGUCGCAUUCCAGCACAACUGAAGAGGAAGAUGGAGGUCACUGCUCGAUGUGCUGCUGUGCUGCUCCUCCUGUUUCUGUCUCAGGCCCUGAUCACUGUUCACUCCCAGGAGGAGGAAGAGGCUGCCCAGGAGGGGGCGGUUGCCCAGGACGAGGAGCUUCAGGAGGAGGACCAGGAGGAGGUGAUCGAGACAUGGACGCGGAACAUGAAAGCUUGUACCUGUGACUGUGAAUCUGCUGAUUCACCCACACGUAUCCCCACUGUCAUCCCACCGACCUCACUGCCGCCGCCACCUCAGGGUCACUCACAGAACUGCAUGCCAGAAUGCCCUUAUCACAGAGCCCUUGGCUUUGAAUCUGGAUCUGUGACAUCAGAACAGAUCAGUGCAUCCAAUCAGGACCAGUACACCGGCUGGUACUCCUCCUGGAUACCCAGCAAGGCUCGUCUUAACAACCAAGGCUUUGGGUGUGCAUGGCUCUCCAAGUUCAACGACCAGUAUCAGUGGAUCCAGAUUGACCUGAAGGAGGUGGGUGUGGUGUCUGGCAUCCUCACCCAGGGCCGCUGUGAUGCCGAUGAGUGGAUCACUAAGUACAGCGUCCAAUAUCGCACUUUGGAAACCCUCAACUGGGUCUAUUACAAAGACCAGACAGGAAACAACAGGGUCUUCUAUGGGAACUCUGACCGCUCCUCUAUGGUACAGAACCUGCUGCGCCCCCCCAUCGUAGCUCGCUAUAUCCGCCUGCUGCCGCUGGGCUGGCACACCCGCAUCGCCAUGAGGAUGGAGCUGCUGAUGUGCAUGAACAAGUGUACCUGAAGUGCACUCAGCAUGCUUUUUCCUCACUCCUUCCUUCCCCUGCUCAACCUACCGCUUGCCAAAACGGGGACUUUGGUCCAGCACUGAAAGAUCCAUCAUAUCUUCACCUCUUUGACAUGUCUGUUUCUUUGGUGAGGCUCAAAGCAAACUAAGUCUGGGCAGGAGGACAUGUUUGGCAAUUGGACACCUUCCGCAAUGCAUACAGGGGAUUCCAGUUUAAAAAAUUGGAAGCUUCAAUAAAGCUACAGGAGUAAAAGAAAAAUUUAAUUAAUUAUUCAUCAACUUUCUUUGAAUCAAACACUAAUAAAAAAGAUUCUACAAGUUA